CCAAAACUCCACCCCUUCGGCAUUUGCUCAAGCACAAGCUUGAACGCUGCUGCUGUUCGAGCUGUACGGCAAGCGUGCCCGGAGGAAGCAAAUCUGUCGGCGGCGAGCGGCGUUGGAAUCGCGGAGUUAAGGAUGGGCAUGCCGAGCGACGAGGUGGUGAUCAUUCGGCCGCCGGAGAGGCCGGAAGACCCCAUCUUGAUCACUGUAAGUUGCCCCGACAAGACUGGACUCGGAUGCAACCUCUGCCGCGUGAUUCUCCUCUUUGGGCUGAGCGUUGUUCGGGGAGAUUUCAGCACGGAUGGGAGAUGGUGCUAUGUGGUUUUCUGGGUUGUGGAUAGAGGAAGGAAGGCGACAAGGUGGAAUUUGUUGAAGAAGAGACUGGUGGAAGCGUGCCCGCCUGCAUCCCUGCCAUUCGGUAAUGAAAUCUACUACUUUAGCAAACACCAGGAGAUGAUUACCGAGCAGAAACCGCAAGUCUUUCUACUUAAGUUCUCCUGCUAUGACAGGACGGGCCUGUUGCAUGAUGUCACAGAGGUGUUAUGUGAGCUGGAGCUUACAAUUUGGAGGGUGAAGGUUUCGACUACACCAGAUGGGAGAGUCGUAGACCUGUUCUUAAUCACCGACCCCAGGGAACUUCUCCACACAAAGAACAGGCAAGAAGAAACAUGCAUUCAUCUGAGAGCUGUUUUAGGGGAUUCCAUGUGCACUUGCGAUGUCGAUGUGGCGAGUGAAGAAUUUGCUGCAUGCUUGCAAGCAUCAGCUUCUCUUCCUCCUCCUUUGACAGAAGAUAUGCUUACUUCAGAAGUCCAACACGAAUCUUAUGCUCCUGUUCCUAGUUCCUCUUUUCUCUCAGUUUCAGUGGACAAUGCACUCAGCCAUGCUCAUUCACUCAUUCAAAUUCAAUGCCAUGACCAUAAGGGCCUCCUCUACGACAUUAUGCGAACACUCAAAGAUUACAAUAUGCAGAUCUCCUACGGGCGGUUCAAUGCAGCCGAAGAUGGAAACUGCAACAUAGAUUUGUUUGCUGUUCAAAAGGAUGGGAAAAAGAUUGUCGAUCAAAACAAACAGAAUGCUUUGUGUUCUCGCCUGAGAAUGCAACUAUCCAGUCCCCUGUGUGUAACUUUGGUCAGCCGGGGGCCUGAUACAGAGCUUUUAGUUGCGAAUCCAGUUGAACUCUGCGGCAAGGGGCGACCACUUGUGUUCUAUGAUAUCACUCAUGCACUCAAAAUGCUGGAUAUAAGAAUAUUUUUGGCAGAGAUCGGCAGGCAUGUUGUUGGCGAUCGAGAGUGGGAAGUUUACCGAGUUCACCUCGGCGAUGAUCAUGAGCUCUGUGCAUCCAGGGACAAAAUUGUGAAGGGAGUCACUAAAAUGUUGAUGGGUUGGCACUGAUAUGACAUGAACUUCCUCUAGUUUUGGGGGCCUUCUGCAGCUCAGAUAUAUCUCCAACUCAGUCACUGUAAAUAUGCUCUCUUGUGUAAAUAUUUUCAGGGCCAUAUAGGGGAUUGAUCUGGGAAUUAGACUUUGGGGUCUUGAACUUAAUGAGGUGGAUGUGAAACGAGUAGAAUUAAGUGAGCUAAGAAAUUUAUAUAAAUAAUAAAAAAAAUAACUCUUUUAGGGCUGGGCUAAGCCCACGAUAGCCCGAGUGGAUCAGAAAAUUAUUUAUAUAUAUAUAUAUAAUCAGAACCGUCAUAUUAGAUGGUUCUGAUAGACUCAACGAGGAUUAAAGUCCCUUUUUGACUCCUCAUGUAGUUCCCUAACAUCCUGUUUGGAAAUAAUUUAAGUCAUGAAAUUGAAUUGAAUUCAA